ACCAACCAAAUGACUAAAACCAUUAUAAACAGGAAUUGUGUGUGUCAAGGUCCAUGCUGUGGACGGCGUGCACGUUUAUGUCUGUAAUGAUGUGGUUACAACAACAAAUAAUCUCGUUGAAUGAUUUAUUUUCGAUGUUUUUAUGUUAAGCAGAGCCGGCGUCUCGUAUAGGCCCAGUUUAGCGCCGCUCUUUGUUGUCUCAACGUUAUUUACGUAAACAGAUCGGGGUUUAGAUCGUCGAUUUGUUUAGGUUUCAGUGGUUCAAAUAGGCUUACUGGAAAAUGUUAUUGCUUUUAAUUUAGUUUUAAACACCAUUUUGUGGGAAAUACAUGUUUGUUCUCGUGAAAGGUAGAUCUAGGUACAAGGCCAACAGUGUUGGACAAAGAGAAAGCAUAGCAUUAACAUCAUCUUUACAAUGCAAUGUUUCGCAAGACUUAAAACACGCUCUUAAUCAAGAUUUGAGUUUAAUUUGUGUGAAAGAAAAGUUAAUAAACCGUAAUGAAAGCGUCUGCAUAAAGACGCGACGCGUGAAAGAGAAACAAUAGCCUAUUACCGAUACAAAGAUGCUUAACUGUUAGUGUCCUUUCUUCUUCUUUUUCCUUUUUAAUAUCGGAUGACAUCUUGGUGUCCUUUUAACGUAACGUUACUUGUGUGUUUUAUGGCAUACGACUGUCGUUUCCUAUGUUUUAUAUUUGCAUGCCGUCAUCAUUACAGCACUAAAACACAUGUGAUUUUGGGCUCCUUAAGCUUUCCCUCGUGUUAGUAAACAGUUUUUUGGUUUUGCUAUAGUGUGUUAAUUCAUGGCACUGUUGUGAAAAGGUUACACGUGUGCCCAAAAACAUGGUUACUACAUUUAGCUUUUAUUUUUAAAACAUCAAUUUUCUAGGGGGUAUCUUACGCAUGACACUAACGGUAUUACCGUGGUAAUAUUUACAUACUCGGUAGCACUUAUGUUACAUACAGAAUAAGAUAAGGGAUGCUGUAUAAGGUCCUUAAACCAUGCUUGUGCCAAACAUUCUGCUGCCAUGGACCAAACUGAAUAAAUAUCUUCCUACAAGCAUUAAAGUCAUAGAGUUGUUAACUGUUUGAACAAGUUUUAAAGAGAGAGCUCAUCCAAAAAUAAAAAUUCUGUCAUGAAUUACUCGCUCACUAGUUGUUCCAAACCUGUAUACAUAGAUAUUUGGAAGAAUUCUUGUAACCAAACAGGUCUUGGACCCCAUUGACUACCAUAGCAGGAAAAAUGACAAUGGUAGUCAAAAGUGCCCCAGCACUGUUUGCUUUCCUACAUUCUUCAAAAUAUCUUCUUUUGUGUUCAACAGAACAAAAUGAUAAAGUAAUUUUUCCUGCUCUGGUAGUCAAUGGGAUCCAAGAACUGUUUGGUUUCAAGCAUUCCAAAUAUCUUUCUCUGUGUUCAUCAAAACAAAGACAUUUAUACACAUUUGGAACAACUGGAAGGUGAAUAAAUGAUGAAAUGAGCCUUUUAGAACCCUUACAUUUAGAAUCUGCAUCACAAAGCGAAACUCCAUUUUCACAUUUAGGAACUACUAUGUUUCAGACUUGUGCCGUGUGCUGAUCUCACAACUGGAACGGCAGCGGUCAGACGGCAAACAUGGAGCAGUACACUACCGCCACAACAACCAGUGGAGAGCAGAUAGUGGUGCAGACCAGUAAUGGACAUAUCCAACAACAGGGCACAGUGACUGAGGUGCAGUUGCAGACUGAGCCUCAGGUAGGCCAGACUGCAGCCCAACAGGUUCUUCAGGUAGUUCAAGGCCAGCCUCUUAUGGUACAAGUCAGUGGGGGUCAGCUCAUCACCUCCUCUGGACAGCCUAUAAUGGUACAGGCGAUGGGAGGGCAGGGUCAAACCAUCAUGCAGCUACCUGUAUCUGGUACCCAGGGGCUGCAGCAGAUUCAGUUGGUACAGCCGGGUCAGAUUCAGCUCCCGGGUGGACAGACUCUGCAGUUACAGGGUCAGCAAGGACAGACCCAACAGAUCAUAAUUCAACAGCCACAGACCGCGGUCACCGCCGGACAAAACCAGGGUCAACAGCAGAUAACUGUACAGGGGCAGCAGGUGGCACAAACCGCCGAGGGACAGACCAUUGUUUACCAGCCCGUGAAUGCUGACGGCACCAUCUUACAGCAAGGAAUGAUCACCAUUCCAACUGCAUCUUUAGCCGGAGCUCAGUUAGUCUCGGCUGGAUCGGGUACAAACGGCACCAACACUGGUCAGGGAACAGUGACGGUCACUCUGCCCAUGGCAGGAAACAUGGUCAACACUGGAGGAAUGGUCAUGAUGGUCCCCGGAGGUUGCGGGACGGUCCCCAACAUGCAGCGUAUUCCACUUCCCGGCGCAGAGAUGCUGGAGGAGGAGCCUCUUUAUGUCAAUGCUAAACAAUAUCACCGGAUUCUCAAGAGGAGACAAGCACGGGCCAAACUAGAGGCCGAGGGCAAGAUACCCAAAGAGAGAAGAAAAUACUUGCAUGAGUCCCGUCAUCGUCACGCCAUGGCCAGGAAGCGCGGAGACGGUGGCCGCUUCUUCUCUCCUAAGGAAAAGGAGGAAAUGGCCCUGCAGGCCAUGAAGGUGAGCGAGGGGCUUGAGCUCAGCUCUCAUUGGCAAGCCACCUCUGCCCCGCCCCUGGGGUAACCUAGCGACAGGUUUUCCAUCUGAUGCCAAGCCUGUAUCUCAGCCGAGAGACUGAAAUCGUUGUGUACACCUAAUUUAAUUUAGACCAUCCAUACACUGCGUGCCCAAGCUCUACCUCAUGUGUCUUUACUCACAUCUGUCUGCCAGUUUGAGGUCUCCGACAAAGUCGAAUAAACAUAUAUACUGAGAUUUUAGUUCAUAUGUUCUAGUAUGUCGUACGAGCAAUGUCAAGAUUAAUCCCCAUGUUUGCUAUGCUGUCAAGCUUCUUUCAUUAUUUAAAGUUAUAGUUGACAUUUGGGUCUCGUUGAUGCUUGCAGAGAGCUCAUGGUUACCUUUGUGUGCAGCUGACCGCUUUUUCUUUCGAAAUAAAACAGUGCCAGCUAUAAACAUGGGUGAUUAACACAUUUUACUCUGUGAAUGAUAAAGGGGUCAUUUCUAAAAUGUCUAACUGCUCCUACAAGGAAAAUCCCCCCCCCUUUGGCUUCUUGCAUUUCUGCUGUCUGUCUUAACAUACUUUGAACUGUUGUCACUGAGAUGUAUAAAGCUCUGUUCGUUGUCCUUUUUGGUCUUAAUGGAUAUGUUUUUUUAUUUCAUUUGUGAUGUUUGGCUUGGCUUUCACCCCUGAAUGCUCUUCUGUCUUUGCCCAGAGCUGUUGCUUUGUUAUUACUUUGCCAUCUUGUGUUUCAUUCACAGUGGGCUGUAUGUGGGCUCUUGUUUCACUUCGCAUUGCAUUUGUGUUUGUUACUAAAAGAUAUAUGCCCUUUUUAUGCAAAUAAACUUUUGUUUUUGAUUUUUUCAUAA